AUAAACAGCCCUCCACAAGUGGAAAAACAUUUUAACUCCUGGACUCGUCACACUCCGGGUCUUCUCGAUGGCCAAAGAAGGAAAGAAAAUCUGAGUGUGCAUGAGCGAAGCGUGAAACCGAGCACAACACCGACCUGAAGGCUCCUCUUCAGGGGGAGCCUGAAAUUGGAAGAUUUUCUUUCCUGUCGGAGACUCCAAACCCAAGAAAUAGAAAAAAAAAGCUCUCCAAGAUGACUGUCACGUACUCCAGUAAAGUAGCAAAUGCCACUUUUUUUGGAUUUCAUAGGUUACUCCUCAAGUGGAGGGGCAGCAUCUACAAACUACUGUACAGGGAAUUUAUUGUCUUUGCUGUUUUUUACACGGCGAUAAGUUUGGUGUACAGAUUGUUACUUACAGGAGCCCAAAAACGUUACUUUGAAAAAUUAUCAAUUUACUGUGACAGAUAUGCUGAACAAAUUCCAGUAACCUUUGUGCUUGGGUUUUAUGUUACUCUGGUAGUGAACCGAUGGUGGAACCAGUUUGUGAAUCUGCCCUGGCCAGACAGGCUGAUGUUUCUCAUCUCCAGCAGUGUUCACGGAAGGGACGAGCAUGGGCGCCUGCUCAGAAGGACACUGAUGCGCUAUGUAAAUCUCACGUCUCUGCUCAUCUUCCGUUCUGUGAGCACCGCUGUGUACAAAAGGUUCCCAACGAUGGACCACGUGGUUGAAGCAGGUUUUAUGACAACAGAUGAAAGAAAAUUAUUUGACCAUCUCAAAUCUCCUCAUCUGAAAUACUGGGUUCCAUUCAUCUGGUUUGGAAAUCUUGCAGCUAAAGCCCGAAAGGAAGGUAGAAUCAGAGACAGUGUUGAUCUGCAAUCAUUGAUGACUGAAAUGAACAAAUAUCGCUCUUGGUGCAGCCUCUUAUUUGGCUAUGACUGGGUUGGGAUUCCACUGGUCUACACCCAGGUUGUCACGCUGGCUGUUUACACCUUCUUCUUCGCCUGCCUGAUUGGACGCCAGUUUUUGGAUCCCACCAAAGGCUACGCGGGGCAUGACUUAGACCUUUACAUUCCAAUCUUCACUCUCCUGCAGUUCUUCUUCUAUGCAGGAUGGCUCAAGGUAGCUGAGCAGCUUAUCAACCCAUUUGGAGAAGAUGAUGAUGAUUUUGAAACCAACUGGUGCAUUGACAGAAAUUUGCAGGUCUCUCUUUUAGCUGUGGAUGAAAUGCACAUGAGCUUACCUAAGAUGAAGAAGGACAUUUACUGGGACGAUUCUGCUGCUCGACCACCUUAUACACUGGCAGCUGCUGACUACUGCAUACCCUCAUUUCUGGGGUCAACAGUCGAAAUGGGACUGUCCGGGUCCAACUUCCCUGGCGAGGAGUGGCUGUGGAGUUACGAGAAGCACGGCCACCGCCGUUCUGUGAUUAGGAGAGUCAAGAGGUUCCUGAGUGCCCACGAACACCCCUCCAGCCCCCAGAGGAGAAGCUACGGCCGGCAGGCCAGUGACAGCUCCAUGUUCUUUCCCCCAAGUGGUGAGGUCAGCCCAGCCAGGGAUUUGCUGGAUGUGCCCUCGAGAAGCCCCCACCGUGCCUCAGGCACCCAGAAGCAACCCUGCUCCCCAGAGGGGAGCAGUAAGCUCUACUCCAGCCUGGGGGAGCUGUCCACCAUCAGGGAGACCAGCCAGACGAGCACUUUGCAGAGCCUGAGUCCACAGCCCGGCAUGAGGGUCUCCCCCACCAAAAUGCCGCAGGUCCCCGAGGUACUGAUCACAAUGGCUGAGGGACCAGUGCCCGUGUCAGAUGGCUCCACCACCUCCAUCCAGAGUGCAGAUUUUACUGGGGUAGAGCCAAGCAGGACUGGACAGCAGGCGGUCCCUGUGGGAUUGAUUUCAUGCCCCACAGAGAAAGGGACACCUCCUAGGGACCCCAGUCCCCAGAUUAGUUCAGCCAAAGAUGAAAGAAACGUCCUCACGUUUGCCUCUGGGGAAGACCCUAAUGAUGACAAGUUCCUGAAAAGGUGGAGCCUUCCGGGGUUCCUGGAGUUCAGCCCCACCUCACCGGCAGGCCUUAGUUCAGACCCCGUGAGCCCUGAGCCCGUUCUUUUACUUGACACAGAAGCAUCCUCAGAGACCAGUGGAAUCAACAUUGUGGCUGGCUCUCGAGCCUCUCCUGAUAUGCUGUAUUUAAUGGAAAACCUGGACACCAAGGAAACAGAUAUCAUAGAUUUUAACAAUGAGCCAGCGGAAGAAUCACCCAAGGGAAGACCAGAAAGCUCUAGGACCUGGUUCUAGCCGAGGUUCUUACUU